CGUCUCCUUCUCAGGCUCUAUAACCCUGCGCUAAAGGAUAACUUUAAGGGGAAUUCAGCUGGAGCGACGGAGCAGCUCCUCUUGUACCAGAAUAACGUUGUCUUUUUGAGGAAGGGAGAACCAACGAGGAUAAAGUUUGCAAGAACUUUUACGCAAGAAAAGGACACUGAUGUGCUGCAGUAGUGACUGUAGAUAUUCGGCUUUGAGACAUUUAGUUUUGCGUUUGGAGUCUGGUGAAAUCUGAAGAGGCAGUUUAAAAACUUAAACCGAGAAAGCCAGUCAGCUGGAUUGCCUAACUUUCUGCAUUGCGGCUGGAUUACUUUACAGAUUGUCACUGAUCGGCAAUCAUUUAUCCGUUGACUCAUUUGAGAUUUCAAAGUGAGAGCUCAAGUAGUUUGUGCUGUUGAUAUAUUGUGUACACGCGGCUGAAACUGUCGGUCCAUCAAGUGGUUGACAGAUAAGAGCCGAUAAGUUCAGCACUGUGAGAAACUUUGUUUGUACGGUUUUUCUGCUGAAGUUAGGAAAAACCGCGCAACCCUGAUGUUCCUCAGGCUGACACAUCAUGUGCUGAUGAUCUAGCACACAGUCAUCACGGUUUAUUGUUAAUGUUAAGGUAGCGAGGCUCUCUUCACUCAGUGCGCUCUCGCCUCCAUCAUUUGCGCUCACACAGAGGACUCCUGAGACCGUCGGCGUCUGGAGGAAAAAUAAAUAAAAACCUGCUCUUCUAAAACAAACCCAGUCAGGUGGCACUGACCCAACUGUUGUGAUGCAUAUUCCCGUAGAGCCGCCUACCACCAGACGGUUCACGCCGCCCUCCACGUCCUUCCCCUGCAGUAAGCUUGGAGACGGCAACGGGGCCAUGGCCACCCCGGGGCCCCUGAGGUCAAGAUCGGACUCCAGGAACGUGGUGGACGUCCUGGCGGACCAUGCCGGAGAGCUGGUCCGCACCGACAGUCCCAACUUCCUCUGCUCCGUCCUCCCGUCUCACUGGAGGUGCAACAAGACGCUCCCCGUGGCUUUCAAGGUCGUGGCUCUCGGUGAUGUCCCCGACGGGACUCUGGUUACCGUGAUGGCCGGGAACGACGAGAACUACUCGGCCGAGCUGAGGAACGCCUCCGCCGUGAUGAAGAACCAGGUUGCCCGCUUUAACGACCUGCGCUUUGUGGGCAGGAGCGGACGAGGGAAGAGCUUCACACUGACCAUCACCGUGUUCACCGGACCGCCACAAGUGGCCACCUACCACCGCGCCAUCAAAGUCACCGUGGAUGGACCCCGAGAACCGCGCAGGUCAACGGACCUCUUCAACCAGAGGACCACCUUCCCGUCUCUGUCGCCACUGACUGACCCUCGCUUCUCAGAUCCCCGGAUGCACUACCCCGGGGCCUUCCCGUACUCCACCAACACCUCCAGCACCGGCAUCAGCGGUCUCAGCAUGUCGGCCUCUUCUAGAUACCACACCUAUUUGCCACCACCCUACUCAAACAACCAAAGCCAGAACUUCCAGUCCAACUCCUACCUGUAUUACGGCACAGGCUCUGGAUCCUACCAGUUCUCCAUGGUGGCGCCGGGAAACACCGGGGGCGAACGCUCCCCCACCCGCCUGCUGUCCUGCUCGGGGGCCACGGGCCCAGGAGGGACCAACAGCCUGAUGAACCCGGGCCUGAACAACCAUAGCGAGGGCGUGGAGGCCGACGGCAGCCACAGCAACUCCCCCACUGCCAUGAGCGGCACAGGCCGCUUGGAUGAGUCCGUCUGGAGGCCUUACUGACUGACAGACAGCUAGACAAUCAGAGGGGUGCAGGAGAAGUGAGGGAGGAAAAGUAAAGAGGAUGAUGAACAAAAACAUGAACACUGAAAGCAUAUGAAAAAAAAAAGAAAAAAAAAAGAGAAAUGCUGCAUGUUUGUCUUUUAUUUCUCCGGCACUCGCUUUAAAGACUUUCUCUGUUUUUAGCAACUCUGUUAAGACUUCCAUGUAUUUUGUACAUUUUGAGUAAACUCCUGCACUGUGCUAAAACAUGUACUCUUAAAAAGGACUAUAAUAAGCCAUAGAAGUUGAGAAGAUGUUCAGCUGAAACUGUAAAUAGAUGUGAGGGCAAAACCAGAGAAGCCAUAGUAACGUUUCAGGAUCAUGUGCCUGGUGUAAACAGGUACUGAUGGAUGACAAAAGAACAAAAGACAAUAGAGAUACGAUCAACCAGUGCAGCUGAUGAACUGAAAACAUUCAUCAAACAGACUGCUCAGACGUAUCCGACUCACUUGGUCGUUGGAGAUGAGCAGUCGGACUGGACUGAGUGACUCCGACAUCCUUCCAAGGCAUGGCUGUAGCUAUCGGCCCUUUAAAGCUUUACAUUUCUGCAAAAGUUAAAUAUUGCGUCAGUUGUGAAAACAUCUUCAGGGCUGUUUCAUGUGCUCACAGUACUUAUGCAGUACCUUGUUGCCUAAUUUAUUAUCCAAAUGGAAACAUUAGCCUUCGGUGCUACAGUAUGCAGUGGACGUUUCAACACAAUCGCUGCAUCUUUGAGAGAAAAGCAUUUUAUCCGUCACAUGUUUAAGCAAUGAAUUUUCCUCUGCUGUGUCAUCAGUGUAUCGAGUUUCAACAGGACAAUGGCUGAUAUUUUGAGGAAUGUACAAGACUAACGCAGAGGGGUGUUUAUUGGUUUCUUUUUCUGCAGGAAUAUGUAAGUCCUGUUGUGUCUACUCUUUACUUUUUCCUUACAUUUCUGAUCCAAGCCCUAUUCUGAAAAAAAAAAAAGUCCUAGUCUGGUAUUUUUAAACUAGAUGACACGGUUUACUUUUGAUAUUUAUUUGAGCCAAAUUGUGAGGAAAUGUGCGCAUAUACCCAAAAUCCUUAAGCAUUUCUCUCUACCUUUCCUUUUUUUAAUGCAUAUAUAUACAUAGACACACACACAGUAUAUAUGCCUUAUUUUGUUGUUAAGUAUAAAUUUGGAAUUUGUGUAAUAUAUUGCUACUAAAUUAUGAAAAACCAAAACCUUUAAUGUAAUUAUUUUGUCUUCCAAUGUAGCUUUGAUGCACUAAGAACUUUUAUUCCUUAUGAACCACGCCCAACAGAUUCUGUUAGUGAGAAGGUGUAUCUAGAGCCCUAAUCCUUUAAACAAUUUCCAAAUUGCCUUCCUGCGCUAAAUAAGCCAUUCGCUUAAUUUUUGCACUAUGUUUGAAUUUUCAUUUAUCUUUUUUUUUGGUAAUGUAUUUACAAAUAUCUGAACCUUGCCGAACUAAAUAUUAAAAUAUUCCUUCACAUGUAUUUGCUGAACAAACUUAUAAGUGUCCUUUUUAACAAAUCCUUGGCCAAGUAAUUAAUGAUGUCAUGAUUAGACACACACACACACACACACACAUUCCUGCACCACAGGUGUGUGUGCACAUUCCCCCUGUCUGGAGGGCCUUUCCCCUGCAGUGACACAUGUGAUCACUCUAUCCCUGGGGGAGAAAGAGUGUGAGGAUGAAGGGGUAGAAAGAAGAGGAGGGGUCAGAGUAGUAUCUCCUUACCAACACCAAGGGCAGUUAUGCAAAAAAGAAAGAGAAAACUUCCCUUGUUGUUCACAGGUCCCUUUGUUCUGUGUAAUCAGUGAGUGCUUUGAAGCCUUAAUGUCUUUUUUGGUCUAAUUUAAUGAUCAUCGGUGCCAGGGGCUCAUGACUCUACCAAUAAUUUAUACGCCUGCACAGAUCAUCUGGGUAUGAGCUGUGUAAAAAGGCAUUUACAGCAGGCAUCAGGUGUCUAAUAUCUACUACAAAAGUCUUUCACAAGAGGGAAGCAUCUGAAAGAUGGGUAUUUAGUUGCUACAAAAGUGAGAUUGAAUUUCAAAGUGAUCCAAAAAGGCUUGUACUCGCAGCUCAGGUAAAGAAUAAGUUAUGCAAGGUGUUUUGUAGAUCUCACAAAAAGACCCUCAGCCUUUUCCUUUUUCUUUUUUUUUAACAAUCAGUAACAAUGUCUCAUUCCUAUCUCUCUUUGAUUUGGAGGAAAAGCAUGCUUCCCUGCUCUCUCCUCUGGAGCCUUUAUAGGGUAGAGGACCUUACUUUAUUAUGGGCAAAAAUCAUGCAGCUAGAGAAACCACAUGUGUACUUAUAUUUGUGUGGUUCCUUCAAAAAAACCAAAGAUCUUCACAACUGCCUGUAAUACUGUCAGGAUGAUGGGAAAGAUGUGUGAUGUCUUGAUUGAUCUUUAAUAUCUUUCUUUAUGCAAAACUAGGAAGCCAAAGUGUACAAGUGACUUGUAUUUUAUUGUAUAUUGGAUUAAAGAGCACAAUGUAACUUUUUUCUUUUGUUCAUCUUUUUACAAGAUGACCCUUUUUCCUUUUCAUAUACCAACAUGCUAAUUCAUCUUUGCUCCUUUCAUUUCUCUUUAUGCUCAAAGCAUGUACAUCUGAAACUGAUAUGUUAAUUUAAAAAUCUCAUCCAUGUAUGUAAUGAUAUCGUUAUUGCUUCCAUAUUGAGUGCUUGUAAAGUUUGCGGAUAAUGUAGUUUUUAAUCAUUUCAAUUAAAAAACCUGUCUCUCA